AUGGCAUCAUCAGACUCCGCUGGCGCUUCUGCUACUGUUUUACCAAAUGAUGCAGUUUCUGGUCGAAUGGACGUAGUUUCACUUAUUGUUCUUGUCUCUUAUCCAAAACAUUAUCGUAUAUUUGCUGAAAAAGAGCUUGUCUAUGAGAUACUUCCACAUGCAGCGGACUCAUCAUUUGUUUGGUUUGGAAAUUAUUCGGCUGAAAAAGACGAACAUCCACCUGUUUAUAUGGAUGUUAUAGGUAAAAUGAUUCGUUUAGGUUAUCAUAUAUUAGGAUCAACUGGUGGUGGUGGAAAUCCAGCAAUUGGUGAUAAUCUGUCGACACAUACAUCACAUUAUAUUUUUGUUCGAAAACGAGAAUAA